AUGGCUCUUACCAUCGACAAUUUCAAAAGUGUUAGAACAAUUAUGGAUUUUAAAUCACGUUCGCAAUUAUUGCAUGAUUUCAACCGGCAACGCUUUCUACUUGAGUCAUUGAAGAAAAAUAUAUCCGAAUCAUCUCAUUAUUAUUGUGAGUGGUUUUCAUGUUUUAUUAUGAAUGAUACUUAUUCAAUGAACGUCGAUCAACAGCGACAAGACUAUGAACAACUUGUAAAGGAAUGGACAUCAUGUGUUGAGAGAGAUAUUCACAUAUUCGGUGCAGUGCUCAAAGAACUUGAUAAAUUAAUAGAAUCUUUGCAAUCAAUGACGAACAACGAUGACGGAAACAAAUGUUGUGAAAUCUUCAUUAAUCAUUUGGUUGAUAUUUGCUGCAAAACAGAUUCAAUUUUCCAAUUACUUCAAAGCGGUCUUGUUCAUGUGAAAAAUAAAUCUUUCAUUGACGCAUUCAAAACGAAAUUUAUUGGCAAAAUUUUAAAGGAUAUGAAAGCCGAUGAUUUAAAACGUUUCGAUUUCUAUCAAAACCAAUUAAGACAACUGUUUGAAAUCGGUAACAAUGACAAAGAAAACAAUCAACUUGUGAUUGACUUGAUUGAACGAGCAUUGACAAACGUUUCUAUAUCUGAAAAUGAUAUUCUCGAAUAUACUAUCUUAAAGCCUGAUAGAUCAACACUUAUCUAUCAUAUAUUGUCUCAUAAUUGCUAUAAAAAAUUAUCGAUUUUUGAAAUAGUCAUUAAACAAAUGGAUACUCUGUGGACUCAGUGGGAUCAGCAAGGAAUAUAUGAGCGUCAUAUAUUGGCUUGGAAGAAACAAACAGACGAACAACGAAGUGUAGCGAAUCAAUUAUGGAGUGCUGUUAAAAACAAAGUGGGAACAUUUGAAGAAAUGUUAAUGAAAGCAGACACUGACUUAGAGAAUAAGAAGAGCAUAUGUGAGAAAACUGAAGUUUGUAUCAAAGUAUAUUGCGAAAAAGCUUAUGACAAUCAAAAGAUCAUCGGAGAAAUACACAUUACGAAGGAUGAACUAAGAAAAAACAAGGUGCAAUCUGUUCAAAUUUCUCAAUCUAUUCAACAAAUUCAUAAUUACGUCGAUCUACUUGUUCCAUAUGCAAAAUGUCAAAUUUGGAAAGAUUUUCUCCAAAAAAACCAAGAUAAAACGAUUUUGCCAUCAUAA